AUGGAAGAAAUAGCUAAGGGCGUCACAGGGAAGGUCUUGGAGCAGCUUGGAUCCCUUAUUUACGAGGAGCUCAGCUCAGCAUGGGGCGUACGAAGCGAUAUGACAAAGCUUAAGGGCACCGUGUCAGCCAUUGAAGCCGUACUCUUAGAUGCUGAGGAGAAGCAAGCAAGUGACCAUAGGCUGAGCCAUUGGCUAAAACAGCUCAAAGAUGUUCUUAAGGAAGCAGAGAAUGUGCUGGAUGAAUUUCAAUACCGAGUUCUGCAAAAGGAAGUAAUGAAGAGAUGCAGGAGCACUAGCAAAAAGGUGCGUUAUUUCUUUUCUGGUUCAAAUCCACUUGUAUUCCGUUUUGAAAUGGCGCACAAAAUUAAGCGUAUUAGGGAGAAGGUAGAUGAUAUUUCAGCUCUUAAGAAUAAAUUCAAUCUUGAUGCACGACUUGAAGAUAGGAAGACAACAAUGCACAGGAGGGACAUGACCCACUCCUUUAUUCCUUCUCAGAAUGUCAUUGGUAGGGAUGAUGACAAAAAACAGAUUAUAAAUCUUUUGAUGCAGCAAGAUGCUGACAGAAAUGUCAAUGUAAUUCCUAUAGUUGGGAUUGGAGGUUUGGGGAAGACCACACUUGCCAAGUUGGUUUAUAACGAUGAAGGGGUAGUUAGUCAUUUUCAAUUGAGAAUGUGGGUAUGUGUGUCUGAGGAUUUUAAUGUUACAUGGUUGAUAAAAGAAAUCCUUAAAUCUGCACAUGUUACAAUUGAUGAGAAUUUGAGUCUAGAUCAGUUGCAAAUUCAGUUAAGAGAAGUUUUAAAAGAUAAGAAAUAUCUACUUGUCUUGGAUGAUGUUUGGAAUGAAGAUCAUAAAAAAUGGAUUGAAUUGGAAAAUUUGUUGCUUGGUGGUUGUAAAGGAAGUAAAAUCUUAGUGACAACACGGAAUAGCUCUGUUGCUACUAUUAUGUGCACUACUACCACAUACAAUCUAGAAGGUCUACCCGAAGAGGACUGUAUGUCUUUGUUUGUGAAAUUGGCAUUUAAGGUAGGACAAGAAAAUCAAUAUCCAAACCUCUUAAAUAUUGGAAGAAAAAUUGUCAAAAAAUGUAAAGGGGUUCCGUUGGCGGUGAGUACUUUAGCUAGUCUACUUUAUUCAAAAUUAGAUGAACAUGAGUGGAUGUCUAUUAGAGAUAAUGAGAUAUGGAAUUUAGAACAAAAGGAAGGUGACAUCUUACCCGCAUUGAAGCUCAGUUACAAUCAAUUGUCAUUUCACUUGAAGCAGUGCUUUGCCUUUUGUUCUCUUUUUCCAAAGGAUUAUGACUUCAAUAAUGUUCAAUUGAUUCAAUUUUGGAUGGCACAUGGAAUUCUUCAAUCCCCUGCUGAUGAAAGUCAAGAGUUGGAAGAUGUUGGUGACUUGUAUAUCAAAGAGAUGUUGUCGAGAUCUUUCUUUCAAGAUUUUGAUCAAAGGGAAUUUCUGCCCAUUUAUACCUUUAAAAUGCAUGAUCUGGUCCAUGAUCUUGCAAUCUCAAUUGCCAAAAGUGAGUGUUCGAUAGUGACCAAGAAGUCUACCCUUGCUGCAGAAGUUUGUCAUCUGUCAAUUUUGGAGAGUGGGCAAGAAGUUACAACACAAUUAGAGAGGUUGAGCAAAGUUCAGACUAUUAUUUUCAAAACAGAGCAACCCAUGUCCAUACUUAAAGCAAGUAUCUCAAGAUUUAAGUACUUGCGGGUGCUUGAUUUGAGCAAUUCAUCCUUUGAGGUGUUGCCAAAUUCUAUCGGAAGUUUGAAACAUUUGAGAUAUCUCGACCUAAAAGAAAAUGAAAGAAUCAAGCAACUUCCAGAUUCCAUUUGCAAGCUACACAGUUUGCAAACUUUACUGCUUGGUGAUUGCAGCAAACUUGAACGGUUGCCCAAAGGUAUAAGGGACAUAAUCAGCCUCAGGUUUUUGGUUGUUACAACAAAGCAUACCUGCUUGUCGGAGAAGGCAGUAGGUUGCUUGGAUUCUCUUCGAUUUUUGUUGAUAGUUGAUUGUGAGAAUCUAAAAUGUCUGUUUGAAGGGAUGGAGGGGCGCCUCACCUAUCUUCGAACAUUGUUUGUUGAUGAUUGUCCAAGUUUGACUUCUUUAUCACUAAGUAUCAAACACCUAACUGCCCUAGAGAUCCUGGGAAUUAAGAAUUGUGAAGAGCUUAGUUUGAUGGAGAUGAAGGGAGAAGACAAUCAAGAUCUCAAGUUGAGCCUCCAGAAAUUGAUGAUUAAAGGUUUACCUAAGUUGGAGGUUUUGCCCCAAUGGCUCCAAGGAUCUGCAAACACUUUACAGUUGCUAUGGAUUAGAGAAUGUGAAAAUUUGAAGGCUUUGCCGGAGUGGCUGCCACGUCUGAAAUCACUUCACACACUUUGGAUUGUUGAUUGCCCUAAGUUGUCAUCUCUCCCUGAGGGGAUGGAAGCUCUCACUACACUAAGACAAUUGGAGAUCACAGAAUGUCCUGAUUUGAGCAGAAAAUGCAGAGAAGAAGAUUCGCACAAGAUUGCUCAUGUACCACUGAUUUAUCUCGAAGGGACCAGGUUCACAAUAGAAAAGAAGAUGGCGUCAGCGAGUACUUCCUAGAAGAAGAGAGAUGAGGAGUUCGACAUAAGUGACAUCCAAUAGAAUUUGAACAUUGCUCAAUUCAAAGUCACAAGUUCCUUCCAUAAUUCAUAAAUAUUUCUUG